ACUAAGAAAACUUGAACUAAUUAUUAGGGACUCCAAAAGAAACAAAAAACAUGCAUCUACCUAGGCUUCUAGCAUUCAUUAUUCAUCCCCAAGCUAGAGCUAGUUAGCUACCCAACAUAUCUCACCAUCUUCUUAUUCUACUUCUCUUCCUCAUCUUUUUCCCAUCUACCAAGUGCCAUAUGUAUAUAUAUACAUACCCACUCAUAUUUCCAGGACCACACUCACUGUUAAAUUUAUAAACAGAUAAGUUAUCUUCCUGCUAUCAUAUCCUUUUGGGAUUAUGAGUACAGUAGAAGAGUCACUGAGAUCUCUUUCCAUAGACUACUUAAAUCUACUCAUCAACGGCCAGGCCUUCAGUGAUGUGACCUUCAGCGUGGAGGGCCGGCUGGUCCAUGCCCACAGAUGCAUCUUGGCAGCUCGCAGCCUCUUCUUCCGCAAACUGUUUUGCGGAGGCGGCCCCGAUUCGCCUGCGGGAUCAGGCGAGUCGGCAUCCCCGAGGCGCUCGAUCCCGCAAGUGAUUCCCGUGAACUCCGUCGGGUACGAGGUGUUCCUGCUGAUGUUGCAGUUCAUGUACAGCGGACAAGUCUCUGUUGUGCCGCAGAAACACCAGCCUCGUUCCAACUGUAGGCAGUUAGGGUGUUGGCACGGGCAUUGCACCUCAGCCGUUGAUCUUGCUCUAGACACUCUAACAGCCGCUAGAUCUUUUGGCGUCGACCAGCUCGCUGUGCUCACUCAGAAGCAACUGAUGAGCAUGGUGGAGAAGGCUUCCAUGGAUGAUGUGAUGAAAGUGUUGGUAUUCUCUGGAAAGCAAGAAAUGCCAGAGCUUUGGAUUACAUGCGCCCAUUUGGUUGCAAAAUCUGCUCUCCCACCCGAACUCCUCGCCAAACACCUCCCAAUCGACAUCGUCGCAAAGAUAGAAGAGUUCCGCCACAAAUCCUCCCUCACCGGAACCUCCCUAGUUCCACACCACCGCCACGGCCUCGGCGGCGGCGCAAAUACCGACGACCAAAGAAUCCGUCGCAUGAGACGGGCGCUUGACUCUUCCGACGUGGAGCUCGUCAAGCUCAUGGUGAUGGGAGAAGGGUUGAAUCUUGACGAAGCACUGGCGUUACAUUACGCCGUCCAGAAUUGCAGCCGUGAGGUUGUGAAGACGCUUCUUGAGCUGGGCGCCGCCGACGUUAACUUUCCGGCCGGGCCGGCGGGGAAAACGCCGCUUCACGUUGCGGCGGAGAUGGUGUCGCCGGAUAUGGUGGCAGUUCUGUUGGAUCACCAUGCCGACCCGAACGUUAGCACAGCUAACGGAAUCACGCCGUUAGACAUCCUCCGAACCCUAACUUCUGAUUUCUUGUUCAAAGGGGCGAUCCCUGGAUUGGCCCACAUUGAGCCAAACAAGCUCCGCUUAUGCCUCGAGCUCGUCCAGUCUGCCGUCACCGUUAUCUCCCGCGAAGAAGGUAAUGGCAGCAACAGCAACACCUCAUCCACAGUCAUAUACCCACAAAUGAACGAUGAUCAUCACCGCCGGAUAUCGUGCACCACCAGCAGUGGAAAUAUCGUUGAAAACCAAAACCAAAACCAAAACCUUGAUGAUUCAAGAAUGCUGUAUCUAAACCUAGGGGCGGUCGACAGUAGUGGUGGCAGUAGCAGUCAUGAUCACCGGAGAUCGGAAAACAGUAGCGUCGACCCGUCUUCGUCGAUGUACCACCACCAUUGUCAUCACCACUAUUGAUCAUUAACGUAACGUAAUUAGCCUUCCGGCCGUUUGUUGAUCAUUUUCCGGCUAGAUCUACACUAUAUGUAACAUAGCCGGUGGCCAUAACUUGACUCUUUUUGUUUUUAUAAAUAUCAUUGGAUUGCAUCCUUAAUUAGAAACCGAUUAAUCAAGUGGUUUACAUUUGAUGGUUUACUCUUAAUUAAACGCUAUAUAUCAUACUAAUAUCCUAUUUUACCGUGGAAAAGAAAACAUUAUUA